ACCCAAACCCAUGCUCUCCCCUUACCCCACAAACACCAGCCCCAAACAUCCUCAUCCUCCCCCCCAGAUGAUGCUGAAUUAUGAACGUGCCACAUCAUGAGUCUCCUGGGGCGGGUAGCUGUGCAUCGUGCCAGGAAAGCCGCCCUGCUCUGUGUAGUCUUCCUGAUGGCGCGAGCGUGGAGCAGCGCCUCCCUGGCCUCGGCGGGGGCGGCGGUGUCUCAAGGACCCCAGGGCUGUCCACCGCAGUGUUCCUGUAGUAAUCAGCAGGGGAAAGUGGUGUGCACUCGUCGUGGCCUCACCCGUGUGCCCCCUGGGAUUCCUGCCAACACGCGACACCUCAAUCUAAUGGAAAACGCCAUUGAGGCGGUGCAGGCUGACUCCUUCCGCCAUCUGCACCACCUUGAGGUGCUCCAGCUUGGGCGAAAUGCCAUUCGGCAGAUUGAGGUGGGUGCGUUUAAUGGACUCACCAGCCUCAACACACUGGAGCUGUUUGACAACCGGUUGACGGUGGUGCCCAGUGGGGCCUUUGAAUACCUAUCCAAACUAAGAGAACUUUGGCUGAGGAACAACCCCAUUGAAAGUAUUCCUUCCUAUGCCUUCAACCGGGUACCCUCACUCAUGCGACUGGACCUGGGAGAGUUAAGGAAACUGGAAUACAUCUCAGAAGGAGCUUUUGAGGGCCUACAAAACCUCAAGUACCUCAACCUGGGAAUGUGCAACGUAAGGGGUGAUAUGCCAAACCUGAGUCCUCUCAAAGGCCUAGAGGAGCUGGAGAUUUCUGAAAAUCUCUUUCCAGUGAUAAAACCAGGCUCUUUCAAAGGUCUACGCUCAUUGAAAAAGCUAUGGGUGAUGAACUCCCAAAUCACAGUAAUAGAGCGCAAUGCUUUCGAUGACCUAUCUUCACUGGUGGAGCUUAAUCUUGCCCAUAAUAAUCUGAGCGCUGUGCCACAUGAUUUGUUCUCCCCGCUCAGGUAUCUGGUGGAGCUCCACCUCCACCAUAACCCUUGGAACUGUGGUUGUGAGGCUGUAUGGUUAGCACGCUGGCUAAGGGAAUACAUCCCUACUAACUCAACUUGCUGUGGACGCUGUCACUCACCUGCCAGCAUGAGAGGUCGACAGCUGGUUGAGGUGGACCGAGGUGAGGGUGCUGCAGUCCAGUGUUCUGCGCCAUUCAUUGCUGAUGCACCAAGGGACUUGAACAUCUCAGCAGGGCGUGUGGCUGAGCUUCGGUGCCGCACAGCUCCAAUGUCUUCAGUGCGUUGGCUCCUACCCAACGGGACUAUACUGACACAUGCAUCUAGUCACCCAAGAAUAUCAGUCCUCAAUGAUGGUACCCUUAAUUUCUCAAAUGUCCUGGCAGCAGACACUGGCACUUAUACCUGCAUGGUCUCCAAUGCAGCUGGGAACUCCAAUGCCUCAGCCUACCUAAAUGUGAGUGCAGCUGAGCUUAACACAUCCAACUUAAGCUACUUUACCACAGUAACCGUGGAGGUCAUGGGGCCAACCACUGAGAUGCCCAAACCGAAAACUACAACAACCACUGCUGCUGCAGGUGCUGGUGUUGCCGGAGGAGGAGUAGGCCUAGGGACAACAACUACAACGGCCUCUCCUUCCGUCUUUCAACCGGUCUUCAUCUCCACACCAACUGUACUGCUGCAAAACACUGACAGCCCACCAGGUGCAGCUAAACCAUCUGUGUUGCCAGGAAUUCAAGGUGCCACUGGCAAGCCAGGCAAGUCUGGGCCAAGUCUUGAUGAAGUGAUGAAGACCACUAAGAUCAUAAUAGGCUGCUUUGUGGCAGUGACACUACUGGCUGCUGUCAUGCUCAUUGCCUUCUACAAACUGAGAAAGCGCCACCAGCAGAGGAGCACAGUGGCAGCUGCCCGCACCGUAGAGAUUAUACAGGUGGAUGAGGAGGACCUUCCACCACCAGCAUCUGCAGCCCAAGAGUCAGCUCUCACAUUGCCUGAAAUUCGGGACCAUAACAGCAUACACAAACUGGACUUCAUCAGCCACAAGACUGACUACAGCUUUCACAAACCCAAGGUUGAAUACAAACCCCAGCCUGAUUUCACCCUACACAAGCCGAAGGCUGAAUAUACCACAUACAAGCCAAAUAUGGACUUUAGCAGCCACAAAUCCAUCCCAGAUUACAGCACUCACAAAUCUACACCUGAUUUUAGCCUUCACAGACCAAAGCCUGACUACAGCCCAUUUAGACCGGAAUACAGCACUCACAAACCUAAAGCAGAAUACAGCCCAUUCAAACCAGACUUUGGUACUCAUCCAAAAACUAAAUCAGACUACAGCCCCUUCAAACCAGAUUACAGCACUCAUCCCAGACAGAAGAGUGACUUCAGCCCAUUCAAACGAGACUACAGCACCCAACCGAAACCUAAACAUGACUACAGCCCAUUAAAAUCAGACUACAACACACAACACAGACCUAAAGGAGAAUAUAGUCCAUUCAAGCCUGACUUUGGUACGCAUCCAAGACCUAAACCUGAUUACAGUCCAUUUAAGCCUGACUAUAGCACUCAGCCCAAAUCCAAAACAGACUACAGUGCUCAGAGAUCUAAAACAGACAGUACCUACAAACCUAAGGACCACUACACGCCACAUAAGACUGCAACAGAUUACAGCGCCUGCAAGACUGACUUCAGCCCCCACAAAAUGGAUUACAGCGCCUUCAAGUCUGAAUUCAGUCCACAAACUCAGAGACCUAAACUGGAUUACAGUCCACAUAAACUGGACUACAGCCCUCAUAAGGUGGACUACAACACUCUAAAGCCCAAAUAUAAUACCUAUAAACCAACUGGCCAUGGGGCUAAAUGGACAGAGAACAAUGUUGGAAACUCUUUGCCGCGAACCUUGCCCAGUGCCAUCACAGCAAUGGCUGAGCCCUAUGUCAUAAAAACUCACAACAAGGAGAAGGUACAGGAGACUCAGAUUUAAAAAGGCCCCGAAAAGGCUCUCACUCCUUUUCCCAGUUUCCGAGCUCCCACCCAUCCCUGUUUCACACACCCCUUGUAUUUUCCUCAUUUAAAAUCAUGCAAUAGAAUGCACAACGAAAAAAAGGACAGGAUAUACUUUUGUACAGAGUGCAAAAUUUAAAAGACUGAUGAUUUCUUGUUGUACAUGCUUAUAAAUAAAUAUAUAUAUGGACGAACUAAAAUUACCAUGGGUUGGUGAUAGAGAAACGUAUAUUAAAAAGAAAUUGAAACUAUUUUCUAACUUGUAACUUCUAUUUAAAAUAAUGAGUUGUUUAAGAUGCUGUCUUGACUUUGACAAAUGAGGGUAGUCUUGUUUUAAAAGAGGGCAUUCUGUGUGAUUUUUACACCAUGCUACAGAGAAUGCAGUGAUACGAAAAAAAUAUUUAUACAGAGAAGACUUUCUUUAACAAAAUCCGAAGAAAAAAAAAAGAUCAGUGUCGAUCUUACAGGUUUAUCUUGUAAAAGCACCAAGAAUUUGUACUGUGCCAAAUGUUAUAAAUGCAAUAAAAAGGAUUUUUGGAAGAAAAAAAAUAAGUA